AUCAUGACCAGCAUCGCAUGUACCAGCAUCUCUGAUCUUCACUUUUGUUUUUGGACACGAAAAUGAUGGUCCCAACGUUUGUUCUCAUUUUUUUUAUUGUAAUUUUGUCAGAAUUCAGCGUCACUGGGUUUUGUGACAACUCCACAAAGGAAAUGGUAUCGAUAAAAUUAUACACCGACAUCAAAUAUUUUAUUCUUCCGACAUCAGAUGAACCUGUAGUAACAUGGAUGGACAUUCAAAAAGGAAUUUACCCGAAUACAUCGCAUAUUGAAUCAAAACUUGACGUCGGAGAUCCUAUAACAAUCUUUAUUUAUUUAAAAGAUCCAAGCAAUUUAUAUGACAUUAUGGUAACUGACUGUUGGGCCUUUGACGAUCAAAAUUACGAAACGGCCAAAAACAAGUUGCAUUUAACUGAAGAACACUCCAAGAAGAAACGCAAACUCAUUGAUAAGUGGUAUAAAAGUGACAAAAUUAAAGGAAGCAGCUUGAAAUGCUUUUUAUACACUGACAUGCCGUCCUUUAAAUUUCCUGAUAAAGAUCAGGUGUACAUGAAGUGUGAUAUUCAGUUAUGCUUCAAAAGCUGUGACAAAUUUAAAAAAAUUGUAACUUAAAAUACAUGCUGUAUGAAUUAAAAGACUCAGUAAAACCCUUCAUCUUCUUCAGUGUUAAUAUCACUAGAUUCAAUAACAUUAACCAACAUGUGUUUCGGAAUUUCUGAUCCUCUAAUUUGAAUAUUGUAACACACAAGUUCCAUUUUCGCCAAACUUUGUUUCAGAACGUAUAUCUUGCGACCCAUUUCUUUAGUGCCUGGAUUUAUAAUGCCUACAAUAAAUAGGUAUGUGUAUUUUUGUAUUUUAUUUGUUAGAAUUUACCCAAAAACCCGGAAUAGAUGU